UCAUCCCAUCCCUUACAAUAAAGAGAAAAAAUAUAUAUCAGAAAGACUAUUGGAAGCACAAGAAGGUUGUGAUUUUGUCAAUCAUGGAAACAAAGAGAUGGGUCCCUGCCAUUAAAAUAUUAAUCUUCAGUUUGUUCGCAUUUCCCUUGACUAUUUGGGUUUUGGAAUCAAAUCAACUUCAUUAUGCACUUGCCAUUUUAAGGGAAUUGAAGAACAUAAUCUUCUCCAUAUCGGGAGAAAGAACGUUGUCUCCACACAAUCUGGAGAAAAGUUGGGUGUUGAGUCCAAAUCUAUCAACAUGUCACCAAUCUCUUGGUCGUGCAGGCUUGCCUGUGUACUGUUGUCCUCCAAAACCAGAAUCAGAAGAGCCUGUUACUGAUUUUCAGUUCCCUGAUCCUUCAUCUCCUCUGCGGACACGAAGACCGGCUCACCGUGUUGAUGAAAACUACAUUUCCAAGUACAGAAAGGCCUUAGACAUCAUGAAAUCACUUCCCUACGAUGAUCCGAGAAGCUUUAUGCGUCAAGCAGACAUGCAUUGCCUGUACUGCACUGGUGCAUAUAACCAGCAAGUUACCAAUUAUCCCUUCAAUAUACAUAGAUCAUGGUUGUUCUUUCCUUGGCACCGGAUGAUGAUGUACUUUCAUGAACGAAUACUCGGGAGUCUAAUAGGGGACGACACGUUUGCUUUGCCAUUCUGGGCUUGGGACAUUCCUGAUGGGAUGAUGACUCCUAAAAUGUACUUGAAUCCACCAUUUACAAACCAUAGACGCGACACUUCACAUUAUUCUAAAGUAGUUGAUUUGAAUUAUGGUUGCGAAAAAUACAGCUGCCCGGAGCGGGGUUUGAGCUCUCAAGAGCAAAUUGAUUACAAUUUGGCCCUGAUGUACAACCAUGUUGUUUCUGGUGCAAAGAAGAUGGAGCUCUUCAUGGGUUGUCCGCUUAAGGCAGGGGAAGCAGGGUUUUGUGAUGGAAAAGGCACAAUAGAAAGUGCACCACACAAUACUGUGCACAAGUGGAUAGGGAGUGGAACUUUCCCGGGAAGAGAAGAUAUGGGUGUAUUCUACUCAGCUGCAAGAGACCCAAGUUUCUAUGCACAUCACACCAAUAUUGACCGCCUUUGGGAGGUUUGGAGAGGCCUCCAUGACAACGUCAAUAUGACCGAUCCGGACUGGUUAGACACCGCAUUUUUCUUCCACAAUGAGAAGUCACAGCUUGUGAGGAUCAGAAUUCGAGAUGUUCUCAACAUUACGAAGCUUAGGUACGCAUAUGAGGAGGUAGAACUUGCGUGGCUCGAUAGGCGUCCCAAGCCAUCAGUUCCACCCAAAGUUGCACAUCACAUAUUGAACAUGAGGGAGAGGGAGAAUGAAUUGCACCUGCCAAGCGAUCGCAAUUUAUCCGCAAAUUUUAGUCCUAAUGCUAGAACUCUCGACAAAAGGAUAACAACGAAGGUCCAGAGACCGCGGGAGCGGAGAGCGAGAGGGAAAGGAGAAGAGGAGGUUUUGAUUGUGUAUGGAAUUGAUGUUAAAGAAGACGUACAUGUUAAGUUUGAUGUGUAUGUAAAUGUCGUUGAUGAGAGCAUCAUGAGUCCAUUCUAUAGGGAGUUUGCAGGUACUUUUGUGCACAUGCCUCGCGGCGUGGAUAUGGUGAGUAAGGAAGAUGAUAUUGUGAGGAGGAAGAGGAAGGCCACUCUGAAGUUGGGAAUCUCUGAGCUCUUAGAAGAUUUAGAGGCAGAUAGAGAUGAGUUCAUUUGGGUAACAUUGUUGCCAAGGACCAGGAGUUGUAUCAACACAACUAUGGAGGGGAUAUUGAUUGAUUAUAUUCAAUGAGUGCAGCAUUGCAUACAAGAAAAAAAAGAAGAUAAAGACAAAUACUAUUAUUGUAGCUAUAAUAGUAAAAGACCUGUUGCGAACGGCCUAGGAGUGUACCAAUUCAUUUUGUAAUGCAUUCUAGUUCCAAAUACUAUUGUAGCUAUAAGAGUAAAUGGCCUGUUGCGAAAGGCCUAGGAUUGUACCAAUUCAUUUUGUAAAGCAUUUUAGUUCCGGGUAAUGUCAUUGCAUAGAGAAAAAGUAAUGCGGCGUGGAGGUAGUAGGCUUACGGCUGAUCGUGAGCUUCUUUUCCCGGAGAAGAAGCAAUGACGGUAGAUAGAGAAUAAACAUUGGCUAACUCUGUACCAACAGCCUUGGUAAUACAGAGGAUGUAAGUGUUAUCCGGAAUGAUUGAUCGUGAAGCGUUUGUAGGUGGUUUUUUAAGUCUGCCAUCAAAUCCCGGGAUUCAACCCUGGACAGACGGUGGAAACUACCAGUUAGCUGGACUACGUGUUCAAUUUUAUCAUCAAAGAAUUGUGUACAUACAGCUAGUUGUUAGCUACACAUUCUCAUUA